AUGCUAUCCAACAGAUUUGGAAAUCAACAUGCCGAGAUAAAAAUCCUUAUCAAAAUUGAAAGUGAUAGUGGUAGUGGUAGUGAUAAUGGUAGUGAUAGUGUUAUUGUUAGUGGUGGUGAAGUUGAUAGUGUCAGUGAUAGUGGUAGUGGUAGUGAUAGUGUAAGUGUAAGUGGUAGUGGUAGUGGUAGUGAUGGUGUUAGUGUUAGUGUUAGUAGUAGUGGUAGUGAUAGUGAUAAUUGUAGUGAUAGUGUUAGAGGUAGUGAGAUUGUUGGUGGUAAUUGUAGUGACAGUGAUAAUAGUAGUGAUAGUGUUAGUGAUAAUUGUAGUGAUAGUGGUAAUGAUAGUGAUAGUGGUAAUGGUAGUGAUAGUGAUAGUUGUAGUCAUAGUUAUAAUGGUAGUGAUAGUGUUAGUGGUAGUGAUAGUGGUAGUGGUAGUGAUAGUGGUAAUAGUAGUGACAGUGACAGUGUUAGUGGUAGUGACAGUGUUAGUGGUAGUUGUAGUGAAAGUGAUAAUAGUAGUGAUAGUGUUAAUGAUAGUGUUAGUGAUAAUGGUAUUGAUAGUGUUAGUGGUAGAGAUAGUGGUUGUGGCUACAUGAAGCAAGCGACGAAUGAUUCCUUUUUAUUAGCUGGAUUAUUUGAAGAAUAA